CGACUGUUAAUUUUGCUGCUAUGGAGACUCUGUCCCUGGAGCACCAGAUCCAGAGCGUGCAGAGACACAUCGCCUUCCUGAAGAAGGAGCAGAUGGGCCUCCUCCAUGACCUGCACUUGGAGAUCCUUCGGUUGCAGAAACACUGCACAGAGUUGACCCAUGACCUCGAAACAAAGGAACUGGAAGUCAGCCAUCAAGAAAUUGUCGACCAGGAGCUGGAGGAGAAAUGCACGGUCAUGGAGGCCCAGCUGCAGGAGCAAGAAAAGGGCAAUCUAGAGUUGCGGAAGGAGCUCAGGCACAAGGAGAGUUUGGUGGCCGCUCUGCGGUCCAGCCUGAGGAACAAAGAGAGGAAGUUCCUGGAAGAGCUGAAGAGGAGAAGCCACCGCGUGACCAUCCUCAGCACAGAGCUCCAGAAGCAGACGGAGGCGGCCGCCUACCUCUCCUUCCAGUUGCAUGCCACCAAACAGAAGCUUCACGGCUCCCGGCAGAGCGUCAAGCCUCUUUCUGACAGGCCUCCAGAGAAAACCUCCCUCCCUCCGCCUGCCAGCGAGGCAAGGCCCAAGAAACGGACCCAGAAGUCUCACUCUCGCAGACAAGCCAUGGGCUCCUUCCACGGCAAGGGGGCCUUCAAAGACCCCUCAUUCCGUGACCGGCUAAGCAGUUUUGAAGACACUGAGCCCAUGCCUGACCCAGCCCUGUUUUUAUACACUAAACGCCACCACGCCCUUGCCCACCAUCAGAAGUCUGAGCCCAAGGCCACCUCCUCCACCAAAGCAGGGGCCGACCAGCUUGAGCCCACUGCCCCCCUCAAAGGUCUUCCAGCCAGCCCUCCCAGAAGCCAACGGAAAGGUCACCAAAGAUCGUCCCGGCAGCCUUCGCAGAAACCGUCAGAACCCACAGGCAGGACUUUGGGGGAGUCUAGGCCUUCUUCCAAAGGGGAUCAAUGCAAAGAAAAUGGAGCCAGAACCCACCAUGAAAAAGAUGUCGAGUAA